AUGCUGCGGUGGCAUCCAGGGGAUGGGGCGGGGCAGGCGUUUCUGGCUGGUGCUGAGGUCUCCUUCCUGCCCCCUGCCUGUGUCCAGAGCCAGCGCUGCCUGGGAACGGGUUUCCAGGACAGAGCUGUACCUGGGGUACCAUCUCGUUCACCUAAGCUGUUGAAAAGCCUGCAGCACUUCUGCCUGGCCCGCACCGGGCCUGGGGCCUUGGCUGCAGCAGGAACCCUCGGCUGGGAGGAGGAUCCCGGGAUCCUGGCUAGCUCAGGGGAGUCCCAGCUCUGCCACUACGCAGGGAGUGUGCGCAGGGCGACCGUGGCACCCCUCCUCCGGUCCGGAGCCGUAGCUCUGAAGCUCGUGGGUAGGGGUGUCACUGAACCUGGCGUCCUCUCGUGA